AUGUCUCCUCCCAAGUUGACCAAGGAGAUGAACAAGCGCAUGGGAGAGAUUCUCAAGACGCCGGGGAAUCAGAUCUGUGCCGAUUGCCCUUCCCGCAGACCGUUGUGGGUUUCCUUCUUGACAUCUCCAUUAGAGUCGGACAAGCAGUUUGGAGUCUUUUGUUGUCAAGAAUGUGCGCAGCAUCAUCAUUUCGAAUUGGGAGACAAACGGACGCUGAUCAAGUACCUUAAAAUGGCACAUGAAUGGACAGAACACGACGUGGAAAUAUUGGAAGACACGGGCAACGACUUUUGCAAUGCCUUUUACGAGGCAUUCUUGACGGACGACAAAUUCGAAAAGGACGUGGUCGUUAGCAAUCCCAACAAGGAAGAACGACGACGAUCCAAAUUCAUCAAACACAAGUACAAAAAACUCAAGUAUUUUGACGAAGUCAUUUAUCAUCGUGAAGUAUUAGGGUUGUUGCAACGACGACAUGAUGAAGAGGAGGAAGAAGAACGGCGGCGACGACGACAUCGCGAUGAUGGUCAUCGAUCCAAAGAUCGGUCGAGAGAUAGAUCCAGAGAUAGAGAUCGAUCGAGAGAUCGGCGGGGGUCGAGUCGAUCGAGACGAUCUCCUUCGAGGUCGAGACGGGGAUCGAGACGAGAUCGAUCUCGGUCGAGUUCGAGAUCGCGGCGGGGAUCCUCUCGAUCGAGACGGGAUCGUUCCAGAUCUCGUCGUCGAGACAGCCACCACGAUCGAGACAGAGACGAGUCCAGGUCGAGGCGGGCGCGCGAUAGUUAUCACGAUGAUCAUGAUAGACAUCACGACGACAGAUCCCGCCGGAAUAGUAACGAUAGAGACUACGAUCGAGAUCGUUCUCCCUCCAGAAGAUCGUCGGACCGCAAUGAACGGGACCAUUCUUCUCGCGACGAACGUUCCCGUGGUGGAAGUGACCAAGAUUCGCACAACCAACAGCAACAGCCACAACAACACGCAGAUGGACGACAGGUGUUAUCCAAAUCGGCAUCGUUUACCAUGAGAGAGCUGCGCAAGAGUCACCAUAAUUCCAAAAACGGCGGUGGUCUCGGUGGGUUUUUGGACUCCAAGAAAGCCGCCGGUGGCAUUCCACGAGACUGUCAAAGUGUCGGAGGAAGAUUUACACAAGAAAACAGAAGCAACAGCUUUAGUCGUAAAGCAAACAACAGCUUCAAUGGCAACUCAUCCCAGAAUAUUCAAAAUGGAUUUCUCAAUUCCAUUGGAGUCGCAAGCUCUUCCCUCAAGGUCGACCCCUUCCUCUCCGAAAAUGAAGACGAACCACGCAAUCGAAAUUAUGGGGCACUGCCACCGGUGGAAAAUAAUUCCGAUAACGAGGCUGUGGCUGUCCCGCUUCGAAGACGACUUUCCAACCGAAGUCUGGGACUCAAUGCUGCUGGAGAUCCACAGGGACAGCCGCCUCAGACGCGAUUGCAACGACGGUUAUCCAAUCGACAACUCAUGGCACAACAGCAACAAGGUGGUGGCGAUGCACCACCCGUGCGCAGGCGCUUAUCCAACCGCAAUCUCAUGGGCAAUAAUAAUAAUAAUGCUCCACCGCCAGGAGGACAACCCGCAGCAAACGGACAACAACCACAAGUGAGAAGACGUUUGUCCAACCGAAACCUCAUGGGCAACAAUGGAAAUGCACCUCCGCCUGGUCAACCCGCUGGACAACCCGCAGCAAACGGACAACAGCCACAAGUAAGGAGAAGACUCUCCAAUAGAAAUCUCAUGGGCAACAGUGGAAAUGCACCUCCUCCAGCGGCCGGUGGUGGACCGCCGGGAGCGCGUCGCCGACUUUCCAAUCGAAAUCUCAUGGGAAAAGCUCCUCCUGGUGGUCCUCCAGGCCCGCCGCCACCACCAGGUGCUGGUCAACAACAACCUGGAGUUCGUCGACGACUCUCCAACAGAAACCUUCUGGGAAAUUCACAGCACGGACCACCUGGCGGUCCACCACAACAACAACAACAGCAACAACAAGCACAGCAGCCAGGAGUGCGCAGACGUCUGUCGAAUAGAAAUCUCAUGGGCAACGCGCAACCCGGGCCACCUGGUCCUCCUGGCGCUCCUGGCUAUCCGCCACAGCAACAGCCACAACAACAAGCACAGCAGCCUGGAGUACGUCGACGUCUUUCGAACAGAAACCUAAUGGGAAAUGCCCCAAGAGGACCGCCCCCUCCGACUCAAUCAAUUCCUCCGCCUCCGGGAGCACCUACUGGGGCACCUCCAGGAGUGCGUCGACGUCUCUCGAACAGGAACUUGAACGGCAUGGGCCCUCCUCAGGGAGGUCCUCCUCCUCCAGGGGUGCAGCCUGGAGCUCCACCAGGUCAGCCUGGUGUGCGCCGACGCUUGUCCAAUAGAAACAUAAUGGGAAAUGGGGCACCACCAGGGGCUCCACCACCUCAUGGUCAACCUCCAGGGGCUCCACCUCCUGGCCAACCUGGUGUCAGACGAAGACUAUCCAAUCGCAAUCUUAUGGGAAAUACUCCACCUCCGCCUGGAGGGGCUCCUCCUCCUCACCAGCAGCAGCCACCCGGUCCUCCAGGUGCCACCAAUGAUGCCGGGGCACCAAUGCAAGAACGACUCCAAAGACGCCUCUCCAACCGGAACCUCACAGGAGGCAACGACAACGCGCCACAACCUGGUGGCGCCCAGCCAGGCGUGCGUCGACGACUGUCCAAUCGAAAUCUCAUGGGUAAAGCCCCUCCACAGCAGCCCCCUCCACAGCAAGCGCCUGUGCAAUAUGGUGGACCAGCCAGUGAUGCGGAUAUGUCCGAGGCGGAACCGGAUCCACGCAUGCAACAACGACUAUCUAACAAAAAUAUACAGCAACAGCAGGCUGACGGAGAUCCACAACACAUCACGAAGAAGGGUCGCAGACGUUCGAAUCCUGACUUGCUUGGCAAGUGUGCGAAUGGCCCGCCACCAGAUGGCCCUGCUGCCCCACCACCACAGGAACAAGGAAAACGCCGAAGUUAUACCAAGAAUCUCAUGACAAUGAUCGAUGCCGCUUCUGAAUCCGAUGAAGAUCGAAAAGAAUACAUGUCAGCCUUUGAAACUGCUUCUGAUGGCGACUCCGGAGACUCAGACUCGGAAGAGAUGUUGAGACAGUAG